AGCCGCAUCAUUAUACAUGUUGUGGAAGAGAGACGACGUUCUACAUGGUGUAUGGACAGAUAUACCAAAGGGUUGUUGGAGUUGGGAGGAGAACAAGUUGUUUGAGCUGGCUCUGGCCGUCGUUGACGAACAACACCCGCGUCGCUGGGAACUAGUGGCUGCCAUGAUUGGAGGGCAGAAGAGCGCACAGGAGGUGCUCAACCAUUAUGUUAUCCUUUUGGAGGAUGUGCAGGUCAUUGAUUCUGGUAAAUUGGAUCACAAACUCAAUACUCACUGCCCUCCUCUCUGCUGGACUGACCAAAAUAACAAAAUUCUGCUUCAUUUGAAUUGGAAUAAUCUGCUUUAUCGAUCUAGUAUAUCCAGAGAAGAAGCAUAUAUUGAUGAUUCUCAGCCAAAAUAACGAAUAUCAAUUAGAACGACGGAUCAUUAUGUAAUGAAGAAGCGAAAUUCGAAUAUAGAUUAGCCUUUGUC